AUGAGCAUAGAGGAAAUCCAGAUCGAUCUCAAGCGGGCAACAUACUACAACGACACAGCUGAGGCAUUCAUCCCAUAUGAGAACGUCCGAGAGAUAUGGGCCGGGGAUCGGCUGGAGCGGUUUCUGAGGACUCAUGGCCCAAAUCUGCGUGCCUCAGAGAUAGAUACAGCGCGAGAUGGCUUGCUGCGUACGAUAUCUAUCCUCGCGGGCAUUGCUCCCCAAGACUGGUCAGGAUGGUCGAGGUUCAGAACAAUCUUCUUCCCGCCAAACCAUGCUCUUGCUGAGCGUCGCCGUGACAAAAAUACCAUCACGUUCACUAAGGAGGAACUUGCGCUCGACUCGUUUCUUGGGGAUACCAACCUGGCCCGCCUUUUCACGACUGACAUGUGGAUUUACUUUCCAAUUGUUUUGAACGGGAAUAGGCAAGACCCUUACGAGAACGACUUGCGGUUACCACUGUUUCAGGUAGACCCAGUGGUCAGAGAGGGCGGAUACGGAAAAGUAACCAAGGAGAUGAUACCCCCGAAGCAAAUCAUUUUGAGCCAUUUGAGCGACCACCUCGGUAUACCAGAGACGCCUCACCCGGUCAAACUCAUAGUCGCCCGAAAGCGCUUCCCCAAGGCAAAUUAUGGCGUUGAAGUUAGGCAAUUAAACCGUCUCCGAUCAAGCCUGUCUAGUCACAAGCGAAUCGUUUCCGAUAUUGCAAUAUUUUCCAUUAGGAAUGAGUUGAACAUCAUUAUGCCGUGGGCGGACAUGGACCUGGAAGAUUUCUUGGUCGGCGGUUACAAAGAGAUGCAAUCCACCCCAUGUCUCCUGAAUAAUCUAAUCCAGGAAUCCAGAGAAAUUGCAUCUGCCAUUCAUUUCCUACACAAACAUCUCCAACUAGAAAGUGAAUGGCCCGAGUUUCACCAUCAAGCAAUCUGCCAUGCGGAUCUCAAGCCUCGAAAUAUUUUGGUCUUCAAACAAGACGGCUCUUCUACGGGGAUUUGGAGAAUUACGGAUUUCGGCGUCUCACGAGUAGCACAUCGUGAUCUAUCGGGGGCUAGGAGGCACGACUCGGGAUAUCCCACCACUGCGGAUGCACCUUCUCCCAAGGGGGGCGCAUAUCAGGCACCAGACCGACAUGCUCAACGAAGAAGCGACAUCUGGUCAUUCGGAUGCAUAUUAGUGCGUGUUUUUGCAUUGGGACUUGAUCCUGCGAGUCUGCCAAGGCUUGACGAGAUGCGAAAAGAACCACUCGUCGGACGGGUUUACGACGAUUGUUUCCAUCGAGGGACUCCUCCCGUACUCAACCCGAGUAUCGAAGCCUGGAUUCAGAGUUUGUCCACCCGAUACCGCGCGUCUCACAACCCUGCAUUUUUGAAAGAAAUGCAGAAGGUCCUUUUUUCAAUGCUUCAGAUAGAUUACCACAAGCGAUCAUCGGCACGUGAACUUCGGAGUGGGUUGCACAGGCUUCAUUCCCUUCCCAUAUAUUCAAGUCCCAAUAGCCCAUUUUCUAUUGAGAUCACUUCACCAAGCUCCUCGAGCACCCCAAGCAGUCGUUCAAGCAUCUCCGGAGACCAUGGCCAACAGACCCAACAGGAAAGUCCUACAAGCAGCACUGCGACCGACAAAUUAAACCCUAUCACUAGCACUGUAGCUCAAAUACCGCACCCAACAAGGCUGGUACGAGGAGUGGGUGUUCUUGUCAGUGUCAUCAAGUCUGGGGACAUCAGUCAAGUGCGUGAAAUUCUGGUAGAUCAGAUUGAUGUGGAACAGUGCCAUCAAGGUGAACGGCCUUUAAUCCAUGCUAUUGAAAUGGGCAAUGCUGCUGUGGUCGAUAAGCUCUCCAUUUAUCAGCGAGAGCGUCAUCACCAAAAUUUGGACGUGCGAACUCCCUCGUCUAAAGGACAAACGCCACUCUAUCUUGCGGUUUGCAAGGGCGACAUCGAUAUUGUGCGAGCUGUUAUUGAUGCAGAUACCAAUACUGGUACCGACGCUAGCUCCAGUACUCUGGUGGACGAACUAUUCAACAACGGGAGGACUCCGCUGAUGGAAGCUGCCUUCCUUGGCCACGCCGGUGUGGUCACAUUGCUUUUAGACCGCGGUGCAAGCCACAGAAUCUGCACAGAACAAGAGAAGCUAAACUGCCUACAUUUUGCGGUGAAACAAGAUAAUCGCGCGCAGGAAGACGUCAUCAUUGCCUUCAAGCGCAGAAUGACCUUUGAUCAGUUUCCGCCCGAUACUCCACUCGACGCCCCAUAUGAGACUCCUAUCAUGCUGCAUAUCAGGCGUGCGCUGGAAGGUCAAUAUGGGUUUCUGCAAAUAGACUCUUUGUGGCAAAGAAAGUUCAAGGCGCUCUUGGACGGAGGAGCGGAUGUGAAUAGGAAGUAUUCCCCAGGAACCUCUUUGGAGAUGAGUUCUUUGCAAAUUGCUGUGAUGCAAACGAAUGUCCUGAUGGCUCGGCUGCUUGUUGAUGGGGGUGCCACUCUUCCAGUGAGCUACAUCGUACCGCCCAGAUGCUCCCAUGAUAUGAAAAAGGUUCUUAAGCGCGCACCGAGAGUACCGGUAGCAUCCAGACCCUAG